AUUUCGAUAUUUCAGUUACUUUCAAAAUGUAAACAAUAUUAACCUCUGAAUUUAAUUGCGACUUUUUCAACAUAACUUCAAUUUUACGUGUAAGAAAGAAAAAAAGUAUAUUUGGUUAAUUUCACAUUGACUUCAGACGUUUUGCUAAAAUUCCGUUGUGACAGGUUACAACGUGUGUUAAAAUUCGCGCCAAAUCGACCAUAUAAAAGAAGACACUCUUAUUCCCGCGUUUUAUUUUAUAAGUUACUUAGUUCAGUGCAGGUCUCUCGAAAAACUUUGAUAUCAAAAUGCCGGCUUACGAUAAAGAGAACUCAGAAGCAGUACUUUCCAAAAAAGCUGAGAGAAUGGUUUUAUCUCCUAAUAAGGCUAAUAUUCAGACGCCCCAAUCUCCCGCCAAAAAUAGCUCAGUGAAAUCUAAAUUAAAUAUCCAGGAUGGAACGGACGUGGAUUUCGAUCCAGAGCUAGAACCCCUCCUAAGAGAAAAUCCUGGACGGUUUGUAGUAUUUCCUAUUCAGUACAAAGAUAUAUGGACAAAGUAUAAAGAAGCAGAAGCUUCCUUCUGGACAACUGAGGAAGUUGACCUGUCUCGAGACUCGAAGCAAUGGAAGAAUCUCUCUAAGGACGAAAGACAUUUCAUUUCGCAUGUUUUAGCCUUUUUCGCUGCUUCUGAUGGUAUUGUCAAUGAAAACUUAGUCGAGAGAUUCAGUCAGGAGGUUCAGAUACCAGAAGCUCGCUGCUUUUACGGUUUUCAAAUAGCUAUGGAGAACAUUCACUCUGAAAUGUAUAGUAUUCUGAUAGAAACCUAUAUACAGGACCCUACAGAAAAAGAAUAUUUGUUCAACGCCAUCGAAACGAUGCCUUGUGUAGCGAAAAAGGCGAAUUGGGCCCUCAAUUGGAUAAGCUCCAAAAGCUCCACUUUCGCUGAACGAAUUGUAGCUUUCGCUGCAGUUGAAGGGAUAUUUUUCUCUGGUAGUUUUGCAGCUAUAUUCUGGUUGAAGAAGCGUGGUUUGAUGCCAGGUUUAACUUUCUCAAAUGAAUUGAUUUCCAGGGAUGAAGGUUUGCAUUGUGACUUUGCCUGCCUUCUUUUCUCUCAUUUAGUUCAGAAACCGUCGCAAGAACGUAUCACGAAUAUCAUUUGUGAUGCUGUUAAAAUCGAACAAGAAUUUCUAACUGAAGCUCUGCCUGUCAGUUUAAUCGGAAUGAAUUGUAAUGCAAUGUGUACAUAUAUUGAGUAUGUUGCUGAUAGGUUGCUGAAGGAACUUGGUUGUAAUCAAGUCUAUAACUCAGAAAACCCUUUCGAUUUCAUGACAAUUAUUUCAACUGACGGUAAAACAAACUUCUUUGAAAAGAAGGUGGGAGAGUAUAAAAAAGAAGGCGUUGCAGAGAGUAUUGAUGUAGAUUUUACUGUAGAGGGUGACUUUUAGUUAUCUAGUGGUACUAUUUAAUUCAUCUUGAAGAUUUUCUUACACAUUUCUUCGUGCUCUUCAUAUUUUAUUCUGCUAAUAUUUGGAUACAAAUCCCAAAUUUUAAUUUUAAUGAGGAGUUAACUUAUUUUUUGAGUGAUAUGUCCGUAAUGGAUUGUUUUAUUCUAAGAAAAUAUACUAUAGUAUCUUUAUGCUUUAAAAGAUGUUUAUUCCAGCUUCAUUUUUUAAAAGAAAAACCAAAUUAACUUCAUCUGACUUACUUUUUCUCGAGAAGUUAUUAAAGUGACCUUGUGAAAUAUAUUGC